CGUUGUGAACAAAAUGCCCCCAAAUAUCCCUUAGCUGCACAAAAUUGAUUUUUAUUUGGCAGUGUUUAGGGGGCAUUGUUUACAUCAGCAUCCCUGAUAAAAAGAACUUGAAAUAAAUUUUAUCAGAAAAUGUCAUCAAACAGUCAACCAGUGGGGUUGAGCAAUGCCAGAGUUGUAAUGCAGCAAUGUCUAUCAGCUAGGCUUCAAGUGAAGCCACCCUCAGACACCAGUGAAGCUGAAUAUGUGGAGAUUGGAAAAGGGCUACUUAUCUAUCUGUGUUUUCUGAAAGAUGCAACUGUUGACAUUGUUGACAGAAUGGUGAAGACAAUCCUUGGUGUAAAACUUUCUGAAUCAGAUGAUGGAAAAUAUACUUCAAUUCUUGAUCUCCCUGGUGAUGUACUAAUAAUACCUCAAGCCACACUUGGAGGGAAGAUCAAAGGAAAGCAAAUGCAAUACCAUGGAAAUGUUGCAAAACAAAAGGGCCAGGAACUCUACAGUGCAUUUAUAGAGCAAUGUGAACUAUCUAUGAAAUCAAAUGCUAAAUGUUCGGAGGGAAGUAAAUUACUGAAAUUCGGAACAUAUGGGAAUAGACAAGUUUUAAGUAUAGUGACCAAUGGACCGUACACUCACCUGAUAGAGUUUUGAUAUAACUUGUAAUAUAUAUUUAUCACAUUUCUGGUAUUACAGUUACCCUUAUUAUUCCACACCUCUCAUGCUAGAGGUGAAAACGAUGGUGAGGGGAGGGAGUCCAGAGACAUGAUGCAAGACCAUAUGAUGCAAAUGUUGUACAUGUAUGUAUAAUUCUAUUCAGAUGUCACAGUACAUGCUUGAUUGCAAUGAUUGUCCAUGAUUGCACAAGGGAAAUUACACUUUAAAUUGUUGAGUUCAAAAUUUAGUUAAAAUUGACAAAAGAAAUGAGCUGAACUCUCUGACAAAGGUGCACAGAUGUACUUGUAGGCCUUUAUUUUAUAUCUGAGAUUGUUUAAUCCUACAGACUCUGAUGUAAGUCAAAACUCUUGAUAGUCCAACUUAACAAACCUUAUCUGUUAAUUGAAGGUACUUUUUGCCAUUUUCAUCAGUAUUCUCAUCCUGGAUAUGAAUUGGGCAUUAGACCAAAUGUCACAAAUAAUGUAUAUGAACAAUGUGUUUAAAGUAUUUAUGAAUCAGAUAUUAAAUAAAUCAGAAAAGUAUAA